AUGGAUUCUCCCGAGAAGCUGGUCGAAAGGCACUAUGGUAGUAUUGGAAUUGACGAUGUUUUCUUAGAGCCUCCUCCGCAUCCACUCCUAUCUUCAUACCUCAACGAGAACACAUCCGUAGCAAGUUUCCAAUCUUGGGAGGUAGUUGGCACCAUCAAGUCAAAUCCAGAAGACUUUGUUGUCCGUGAGAUCUUUCAGUCGAAUCGUAGGAUACCUGGGUUGAUGGGUGAUGACCACAGAACCCUUCAGACUGCUGCCUUGCUAGGCCCAGAUACGCGGCCGCAUCAAAAGUUGGUAUGCAACCAACAAUCGAGCCAAAGUGAGGUGCCUACUAUUGGCGUAGCCAUGAACGAAGAUAAUUCGGCCUGUAAUAAGAACCAGAAUACCACAGAACUACGAGCAAAAAUCGGAAGCAGAUCGUCGCGAGAAUCAUACAAGUUGGAUGUUGACAAAGAUGUCGAGUCCACUCUAAAAGCCUUGCAUGAUGGUGCGGUGAAGAGACUAGAGUAUAUUGCCCAAGGCCAGUGCAUUGAGCACGGGAAAGAUGAAUUGAGUGUCACCUGGAUUCCGAUUCCGUUUGAGGAAACAAAAGAAGAAACUGGCAAUAAGCAAAUAGAGAUGCUACAAGCACUCAAUUCAAAGUUCCCACUCCUGCAUUCAAAAUCUGCCCAAAAAGAAGGAUCAGAUGCGUGGGUUGCAACACAUGUUGACACUUCUUAUGAUGGUUUGAUACCGUAUCUACAAUGUCCCGAAGAAGAUAUGAGUAUUCUACUUCGAUUUCACAAGCAAGGAAUUCCAGAGUCAGACUCUUUGGAUCCAGACUGUGUCAUUUUAAGGCUUCAACAAAACGUGACGAAAGAGAGAAGACAACAGUUUUUCGAUAUUUUCCUCUCGAAAUUUGAAGCGUUUGCAACAAGGACUAUUAAUGAUUAUAGACCAGAUCGGAGCAGCGAUGGGGACGAAUCGUCUUCCAUAACUGAGGCAACCACGGGAAUUGCUGUCAGUUGGAAGAAAGAUGAAUCCCCAAAGGGCGUGUUGCGGUCCUACAUGAAGAGGGCUACCAUGACUCGAAACGACGCUGACUUUGACAUCAUAUCAUCGCUCGAAAACUUGAACCAAGUCGCCUUGGAUCGAAUCGGCAGAAUGGCAUCGCAUGGAAGUGACAAUAUGAAUUUAGACAAUGAAUCGGUUUUGAUCCCUCCGGCUAAUUUGGAUUCAAUGAGCGAAGCUGCUCGAUUAGAAAGAGGGGCUGUGUUUCAAGCAUUGAAAUCCGCAUACCCAUUGUUACAAUUGGAUAGUAUUGCCAAGAACGAGGGGGAACGGUGGAUUGCUGUGGGGGUGGAUGUCACUUACGAUGAACUUAUCCAAUACCUUCAGUCACCAGUAGACGAUAUUCUAGCGUUGCUUCACUUUCAGAAGCAGGGUAUUAAUGGCCUUAAAGAGAAGAAGAAGGCCCAAAGGAGCAAAGUUAAGGGGAAGAGAAGUGGUCAUUCUGAUGGACGCAAGACUAUGGAUGACGAGAACCGAGUGAUUCUAAAGCUGCGCCCAGGUCUUUCCAAGAUCGAAAGGAAGGAAAUCCAUACGCUAGUUGCGUCAAAAUGCAAGCUUUUCGAGACCAGUACUCUUACAGAAACUCCAGCGUCAAGCUCGGAGAACAAUCAGAGCCCAGAGUCUGCGACUGUUUCAAUCACAGUUGGCUGGCAAAGACAUGCACUCCAAAAGGAAAGAAGAAAAAGGAAAAGAAACGAAGGCAAGGAAGCUGGUGCUGAUCUCUCCUCAAUGUAUCCGAAUCUACUCUGUGUCAUCCGAAAACGGCGAGUUGAGCAUCUAUCAAUGCUUCACCGAAUAACACAGACUGUCCGGUGCCGACAGUCAGAUAUCGGCAUUGCUGGGAUCAAGGAUAUGCAGGCAGUAACGUACCAGUUUUGCACUUUUCGGGACACCAAAACUCAUCGCAUCCUGUCAAGGCUUGGUCAACUUGAGCGUCAAGGGAUCCAACUAGGUAACUUUUACAGGGUUGAUUGGGUGUUGAAUAAUGGCGACUUGGAUGGAAACGAGUUUGAGAUUUGUAUUCGCAAUGUCAAGCGAAUCAACGUCACCGUGGCCGAGGCAGAGAGGGCAACGGAAAGUCUUGUUGAGUGCCAAACUUCGCAUGUAGAACGAAUGACUGAGAGAAUUCGCCACAAUGGCUUUAUUAACUUUUUCGGUCCUCAACGAGUUGGAGCACCUGGUGAAUCUGGAGCUUCCGCUUUCAAAAUUGGGCAUCUGAUGCUGCAACAGGACUUCAAAGGUGCAAUAGACGUACUAAUGAUGGGUCGCACAACAUUUCAUCGCGAAGGAGAACAGGAGAGUGAAGCAGCGAGGAAAGUGCGGCAGAUAUGGAAGGAAACCGGGGACCCUAGUGCUGCCUUGGACGCUCUUAGUGGUGGUGACUUGAUGCCUCGAGAAAGGUCUGUUCUGAAAGGACUCAAGCGAUAUGGCACCGACCAGCCAUUACAAGCCUUGCAGUGUCUGUCUUAUAGCAUGCGUACGUUUUGGAUAAAUGCCUAUCAAUCCUAUGUGUGGAACCAGGCUGCAUCCAAACGCAUCGCUCGCUUUGGUACAAAUCCGGCCAAAGGUGAUUUAUAUGUGGAAAAGGACGACACGCUGCUGAGCAAUGUGAAGGUUAUCCACGACGAAGCUCUAUGUUCUACAAUAUCAUUGGAACAAGUUGUCCUUCCGUUGCCUGGUUACAGAGUAUGCUAUCCAGAAAACGAGGUCGGUAAAGAAUAUGAGAAGCUUCUUCUUGGCGACAACGUAAAGUUUGAAAAAUCAGCACCCCCAGAGGCAACUGCCAAGGGCGCAUACAGAAAACUCAUUGUACUUCCAAAGACUAUACGCGCGGAAGUUGAAAACGGCCAAACGACCAACAUGAGUUUGAAGUUUGUUCUCCCCAAAGGUAGCUAUGCAACGAUGCUGCUGCGUGAAUUAAUGGUCACGACUGCGACUCGGCAUGAUCAUUCAUAA